ACAUUUAUGCAGUUUGUGUUGCUCCAUCACUUUAAGCGGUGAGAAUCUUUUUACACGGUUCCGUUCAUGUAUGAAGUCACAACAAGUUCAGAUUAAUAAAUGUUUGCCUAGAACUGAUUUCUCGCUUAUCUUUUUAAUGAUAAGAAACCCAAACAGUCGUAAACUGUGCAUCACUGUCACCGCCACAACAAUGUACUUCUGAAGCUUAAACAGCUUCCUGGUGUCGUAUGUCUGUUUUUUCACACUCGCAACAUAACAAACGAGUGAAACCAGAUUUCUGGUGAGGUUAGAGCGCUCGAGCGAAGUGCAAAAUCUCUGCCGUAUGCCUUGUUGUGGUAUUUUGUAGACACUACACACAGAAGACACAUGCACAAAUCCAAGAAGGGACCUCCUACAGUCUCAUCCACCCUUGAAGUUUUUCACACACCCCCGGCAUUCACCGCUGCAAGAAAACAUCAAAACGCCUCACAUUUCUUUCUCUCCUCCAACCUGUGUAGAAAGACAAACGAACGAGCAAAAAACUUUUUACAUCAAGCUGGAGUGUGGGUUCUGAGGGCCUGCGUACAUGUAGGUUUACAUGAGCUAAAGACACAAAGAAGGAUUUUCUUUUUUUAAAACAGAUCAGUUUGAAAGGAUGGUGGCAAACGUACUGAUCAUGCUGAUGAUAAAGAUGGCAGCAGCUUCCAUGCCUGGCUCUGAAACGGACCUUAAACACGGAUAUGGAGCUGGUUUUCCAGAACUGAUCCAAAACCCGUGCCACCCGGUGGGAUUUGGAGUCAGAGCGAUUCCUCCCAACAUUUCCAGCAACACCUGGUGCCUGGUAGUGAAGCAGACGCAGAUCAGAGAGAUCCAGCAGCGUUCCUUCGCCAACCUGCAUCACCUCAGAAAGCUUUUCAUCCUGCAGAACAACAUUCUGCAGAGCAUCGGUGCAUCUGCCUUUGCCGGUCUGCCUUGGCUCUCUGACGUCUGCAUUUCUGAAAAUCUCUCUUUAGAGACGAUAAAAGCUUUCGCUUUCUCCGAUCUCCCAGAGCUCGCUGAAAUAGAAAUAACCAAAUCCAAACACCUGAGAUCCAUUCAUCCAGAUGCUUUCAGGAACAUCGUGAACCUUCGGCGUCUAACUAUCUCCAACACCGGGCUGCGAAUCUUUCCAGACCUCUCCAAGAUCCAGUCUGCAGCCCGAGGUUUUCUGUUUGACCUCCAGGACAACAUCAACAUAGAAACUGUCCCUGCCAAUGCCUUCAGAGGCCUCUGCACAAAACCAAUCGAGGAAAUACGGCUCACCAGAAAUGGCAUCAAGGAGGUGGCGAGUGACGCCUUCAACGGAACAAAGAUGUACAGAUUGCUUCUGAGUGGAAACAAGCAGCUUGCUCACAUCAGCCCCGAUGCCUUUGUGGGUUCCAGUGAGUUGGUGGUGCUGGACGUCUCUCAGACGGCUGUCAGCUCUCUGCCGGACUCCAUCCUUGGCGGUCUGAAGAAGCUGUUCGCAGAAUCUGCUUAUCGCCUCAAAGAGCUUCCUAUUGUACAGCGCUACACAAAACUCCACAUAGCCAAACUGACAUAUUCUUCACACUGCUGCGCCUUCAAAAACAUGCACAGAAACAGAUCGAAGUGGACCUCUCUGUGUAGCCACCCUGAGGCGAAAACCAUCCCGGCCUUCUUCAGGGAGCACUGUUCUAACUCCACGUCCGUCUCCUGCAGCCCAGCACCUGACAACUUUAAUCCGUGUGAGGACAUAAUGUCCCCCAUCCUCCUGCGGAUCCUCAUCUGGAUCAUCUCUGUCCUCGCACUGCUUGGCAAUGCAGUGGUUCUACUGGUGCUGUUAGGCAGUCGCUCCAAGUUGACGGUUCCUCGUUUUCUCAUGUGCCACUUGGCCUUCGCUGACCUCUGCAUGGGCAUUUACCUGCUAGUGAUCGCCACCGUCGACAUGCUCACUCACGGCCGCUACUACAACCAUGCCAUUGACUGGCAGACGGGCUUCGGCUGCAAAGCUGCAGGGUUUUUCACGGUGUUUGCCAGUGAGCUGUCAGUUUUCACACUAACAGCCAUUACUGUGGAGCGCUGGCACACCAUCAGCAACGCUAUGCGGCUCGACCGCAAACUUCGCCUGAGGCACGCCUGCAUCAUCAUGACAACUGGGUGGAGCUUCUCCUUGCUGGCUGCAUUGCUGCCCACAGUGGGUGUCAGCAGCUACAGCAAAGUGAGUAUCUGCCUGCCAAUGGAUGUGGAGUCCGUGGUUUCCCAGGUCUACGUUGUUUCUCUACUGGUCCUUAACAUCCUGGCCUUCUUCUGCGUUUGCGGUUGUUACCUCAGCAUCUACUUGACCUACCGCAAACCCUCGUCAGCACCUGCUCAUGCCGACACCCGAGUGGCUCAACGCAUGGCUGUGCUCAUCUUCACCGACUUUGUCUGCAUGGCGCCCAUCUCCUUCUUCGCUGUCUCCGCCGCCCUCAAGCUCCCUCUCAUCACCGUCUCAGAAGCGAAGCUCCUGCUGGUUCUUUUCUACCCCAUCAACUCAUGCUCAAACCCCUUCCUGUACGCCUUCUUCACCCACACCUUCCGAAGGGAUUUUUUCCUCCUCGCAGCUCGCUUCGGCCUGUUUAAGACCCAAGCCCAAAUUUACCGGACAGAGACUUCAUCCUGCCAGCAGCCGACGUGGACCUCGCCAAAGAGCAGCCGUGUCAUUUACUCCUUGGCCAACACGUUGAGUCUGGAUGGGAAACAGGAGUUCUGAUUGAAGUAAUCACAGUUAAAGACUUUCAAUUAAUGGUCCUUUUUUUUCCCCUCGCAGAAGCCAAAGACCAUUUGAUAAAGAAAUGUUUAAAAGCAACGUGGCACUUUAUAACGGAAGAAAAUAUCAAUGUAAGAGAAAUUAAACAGUUUGACAUUUUGGAGUUUCUUAAAUGAAUGGAAGAAUAAUGAGUUAAUCCAACCUUCUGGUUGGUCUUCAUUUGGUCCCUCCAAACAUUAGACAUCUAUGGACGUCUUUAGUGGCUGUUGACCUGUUUUUGUCUUUAUGCUGUUAGCCCAGAAAAUGUGUUGAAAGUUACACUGUAUAGCCCCUAAACUCUGUUUCAUUUACCCAAGACAAAGACAUAGAAAGUCAGGUUUGGUUGGUACAUUUAGAUGUCAGUAGAUGUCUUCAAGUUGACAUCAACUUGUAGACGAAGCAAAGACAAAGUCCUUUAUUUUUUAAAUCUAUUCAACAAUAGUUUGAUGUGGGGGAGAUUGAACUCAACUCUAACUCCUGCUGAAUUUCCUUCUUGAAAGCCCCAAGGACUUCUUGGUGGAUUCAAGUUGCACUUGUGACAUUUCAGCUAAUUUCAGAGUGAAAAAAUAUAUUAAUAUGCCACAUAGUAUUAUAAAAAUGCAAAGCUAGUUUUGAAAUAUUGCCUCAGAAAUUGAAACCUGGUUAUGGGAUUCAAAUUAACCCCAUAACCAAGGGAUACAUUGGUUAUGGGGUUGAACUCCUGGGAUUAGCUCACAGUUUUUGCUCAUUAAGGCUAAAGUCACUUAGCAACACAAUAGAAAACAAUGUAUUUCUUCAUAUAACCUGCACUCAAGCAUUAUAGAAACAAAUUUACAGUAUGGGAGCAUGGUGUUCUACUCAAACUCUGUAAGAAAACAGUGUUAAAAUGCAUAUAAGAAUAUAAAUCUUUUUGUUUUUAUUGAUUAGUCUUAGUCUUCUUGCCUACUAACAUAUGUCAAGUAGAGAGCUAAUCAGAGAAGCAUCCAAGAGGCCAAUUGUGCCUCUGAAGAAGCUGCAGAAAUACCACAGAUCUCACCACAAAAGCCAUCAUGGCUGCUAUGUGGUCAAAGCAUACUGACAGAUGCUGUAAUAAACCUUUUAUUUGCCCCUUUUACAAUUUUUAUCUCACUAAAGCCACCACAUGUACGAUACUGCGCAAGGUACAAAACAUAAGCAUGUUGCUUUUCUUCCUGGUUAAGUUGGGUGUGAUGAGUUCUGCUCCAUGUAGCUUUACAAAUAAUAUGACAUUUCAGUCCAAGACUUUGGACUUCAGGGUCCAGUUUGUUGCUCAGACCAAAUGAUCGAUUUGUCUCUGACCUGGAAGAUGUAUAUGCUGUAUAUGAGCUGAGCGCUUCUUUCUAGUUGAAAGUAAAGCAAAAAAAAAAACCAAAACAGCACAAUUUG